UCAGGCCGGACGCGGGUUCCCUUUCCCAGAAGGCCCCGCGCGGAGAGGGGCCGCCGUGGGUAAGAUGGCGGCAGGUCCUGGGCCUCGCUGAGGCGGCGGCUCGGGACUGGGAUGGAGCCUCCGGCCUCGGGUCCUGAGCGGCUCUUCGACGCGCACCGGUUUCCCAGCGAUGGCUUCCUGCUGCUGGCUCUGCUGCUCUACGCCCCUGUGGGGCUCUGUCUGCUUCUCCUGCGCCUCUUCAUCGGCAUCCACGUCUUCCUGGUCAGCUGCGCCCUGCCUGACAGCUUGCUCCGAAGGUUAGGGUUUAUCGUGCGUGUGAUGUGUUCGGUGCUGGGUCUGUUUGUGCGGCAAAGUGACCCCCAUCUCCGGGAUGCCAAUGUCAGGGUUUAUAUUGCCAACCACGUGACGCCCUUCGACCACAGUGUCAUCAACCUACUGACCUCGUGCAAUACCCCUGCGCUGAAUGGCACACCGGGUUUCAUCUGCUGGUCGCGGGGAUUCAUGGAGCUGGGGGCGGUGGGGAGCCGGGCAGAGCUGGUGGAUUCCCUGAAGGUGUAUUCGUCCCAUGGGGGGAAUCCACCUCUGCUGCUGUUCCCAGAGGAGGCAGCCACUAAUGGCCGAGUUGGCCUUCUUCGCUUCAGCUCCUGGCCAUUCUCAAUCCUGGACAUGAUUCAGCCCGUGGCUCUGCAAGUUCAGAGGCCCUUAAUUGCUGUGAGUGUGGCCGACUCCUCCUGGAUCACAGAGCUGCUCUGGACCUUCUUUGUUCCCUUCACAGUUUAUCAAGUAAGGUGGAUGCCGCCUGUCUUCAGACAAGCUGAUGAGCCGAAUGAGGAGUUUGCCCUCCGAGUUCAGGAGCUCUUGGCCGUGGAGCUGGGUGUGGUUUCUACGCGACUCACUGCUGCGGAUAAAGCCGAGCAUAUGAAGAGGCUGAGACACACCCCGCCUCACCUCUUUGCCCCAGCCUCAAGCCAGUCCUUGGUUGUCAGGCCAAGGGCAUCUCCCAGCCUGGCUGGUGUCGGGCCUCUUGCUCCCGAGGACGUGCGGAUCACGGAGAUGGCCCAGCGGGUCAAGGAAGUGCUCCCACAUGUGUCUCUGGGAACCAUCAGGAGAGACCUGGCCCAGACCAACUGCGUGGACACUACCAUCGCCAACCUCCUGGAGGGCCACGUGCCCCUCCUCCCUGAGGACAAGGAUCCGGAACCUGGCUUGCUUGCUCCGUCGACGUCCCAGACUCCAGCGGCCUCCAGCUCUCAGUGCCCUGCAGCUUCAUCCUCCUCCAAGCCCUCUGUGAAGCUCUUUGCGAAGUCCCCUGUGGAGAGGCAUUUGUCCCUGCAGGAGCGGAAACAUGUGCUGUAUGCCUACGCCAGGAGGAGAUACACGGAGAAAUAUGGGACGCCGCGGGGUGAUGGGAGCCACUGAGGCGCCCCUCACCCUCCUGCCUGUGGCGUGCGCAGGGCUCGGGCCAUUGGGAGCGUGACCUCAGCAUGGCCGUUUUGCAUGAUUCACAGCACUGCAGUGGGAUCCCAAAGCCUCCGAAUCAGCACGCUUGAGAUGCAGCGGGGCCUUCGUGGCGUGUGCCAGCCCAGGCAGGCAGUGCUCAGCUGCCCACGGUGGGGCAGUAAGUGCCUGUGUAUCCCCGCAUCACACUCGACCUGCCUCCGGCGAGCCACACGGGGUUGGAGAGCUGAAACUGGGCUGCCCACGGGGUACUGGACUCCGCAUCAGCCUGGCCCGGCCGCCUCCACUUGGGCUGUUGUUAAACUGGGCAAAGGGGGUUUCUUCUCAGCCACAAAAAAUAAAUCUGACUCUAUUAUGGCCAGGUA